AUGAUGGCUGCUCAGAAGAGCCAGACAAUCCUUUACAAUACUCUCAUUACCGUCGAAAAUGGUCGGGUAGAUUCAAAAACACAACCAUUGAAAGGCGAGACAGACGAAGCUUUCCAUGAGCUCAAGCAAAUCACCAAAAGCAUUAGGGUUAUGGUUUCUGGGGCCUUAAAUGAACUCUCUCAGGCCAGUUCCCGGAUAGUUGAAGGGCUUCAGGGUGGAAUAUUGGAGUGCAACAACCAGUUUGACUGUGCCUACAACACGCUCGAGAAAGAUAUCCAGUCUACAUUUCAAACGAUCGUCAAACAUGUUGAGGAGCAAAACAUCAAGACCAGCGAGCUACGGCUUCGGCUUCAAGAUGCCAGUUCUCGAAUGAUAGAAAUGAACCACAAGACAUCGCUUAAUGUGGCUCGACUUUUGGAAGAAGAGCGUACAAAUGCUGAAGCAGAGCGCCAUAAUUUUCUGGCUCAAAUCAGUGCUAUCUAUGACUCUUCAUUGCGGCAACGACGGGACCGACUUCAAGGAAAUUAUGGUAUCAUCUGCGGUGACAUUUCAAGCUCUGGGAAUAUGAUAGAAGGUCUUGCGACGCACAGCCGUAUCGACGACUGUAUCACAAGGCAGAAGCAGUUUGCCGAGGAGCUCGUUAAUUUAGGGAGCCAGCUCAAAAAGCAGACUGUUGACGAACAACGUCUUUCCGUCCGACAAGCUGCAGUAUCCGCGACGCAGGACCUACAGCAAACUGUCGAGAAUUAUGAAGGAGAUUUUGAUAAACAAGUGGAGCUCUGGGCUCACAAAUUGGAAAAAACCCAAUCGCAGAACAACAAGCUUAGUGACGCCUAUCUCGAUCAUUUGCAUACCUUGGAGACCACUAUCAACCAGUCGUACUUGGUGGUGAAGAACCAACUGGGAACAAUGCUUGAACGUUCUGAUGAAUUCAAGAAAGACUCGGCACUGCACUCGGACACAAUAGAGCAACCUAUUGCCUCCUUGCAGAAUGAGAUUUGCGAGCCGCUCUCACACCUGCGAACAAACAUGCAGGAUUGUUUGUUGCUAACUCCCUCUCUGAGACAACUACCUGACUGCACUACUACCUUAUCCCAUUAUGAUGAGAUCGCCUCAUUUGCCUCUCUGGUGCACAAAGGACUCAAGGAGCAGGAAUUCCAUGAUAGGCCAGAGGUGACGCAUAACGGUCAAGAAGACACUUCUCACUGGGUACCUAACGAUCUGGAUGAGCAGGCAGACUCAGAAGUUACGUUUGACGAUAGCAAACAGCCUCGAAUAAAACGACGUCGCCUGUGA